AUGAAGCUGCAACCACACCGGAUCGAGCUCGUCCAGCCCCCACACACCGCCCGGAGCGCCUCGCCCAAAUUUCCUUAUACCCCGCCUCGCAUACAGCCCCUUCCUACUCUCCCCGCCCUCGAGCAGCACGGCCGCCCCGCCGGUCAGCUCCGCCCGCUGCUUGUCCAAACGACAUCUUCUUCUACACCGAUGCGACCCCCGGGCGACAACACUGGUGCUCCAUCCUGGCAUGGAUCGAUCCUGCCGCUCUUCCAGCAAGUCGGCUACGGCAAAGGGGAGCCGGACGUGAUCAUACAACUCGAAGGAGGGACGAUCGGCGCGCACUACUGCAUCCUCGACGCCCGGGCGCCUGGCUUUCUCAAGCGCCACAUCCACACGGCGACGAUGUGCAGCGACGGGAAGGUGCAGAUCUCCGUGGACGACACAAACAUGCCGGCACCGUCGGUCUGGGUGUUGAUCCAGUUCGCCUACACGGACAUGUUGCCCGUCCUGGGUGGCCUUGAUGGCGCCAGUCGCAAGGCGAUGAUCCGACACCUCCUUAUCGCCGUCGAGAGGUACAGCAUGGGCAGGCUAAGGGCGAUCUGCGAGCGUGUCCUGUGCAAGAGCCUCGACAUCAAGACUGUGGCAGCCACGCUGGCCAUGCCCGACCGACACGGCUUCAAGAAGCUGAGUGAAGCUUGCACCAAGUUCAUGGCUAUUCCCUGGCAUCCAAAUAUUCAUGCUUCAUAUGCGUCAUUCUCGUGCACCUUCGCUGUAUAG